AUGCCCUCCAUCAAGGCGGCCAUCCUCGCCUGCCUGGCCACGGCCUCGCAACUGGCCUCGUCAUGGCCGACAGCAAGCAUGGACGGCAUCAACAUCCUGUCGCGCCAGAACCAGGUCCAGGAUGAAUACGACUACAUCAUCGUCGGCGGCGGCACGUCAGGCCUGACUGUCGGCAAUCGCCUGACUGAAAAUAACAGCGGCGUCUCUGUCCUCGUCGUCGAGUAUGGCUACUAUGACAACCAGUCGGGGAUGAACCCCCGGCGUAUGUUCAACCUCACGUCCCGACCUCAGCAGAACCUGAACGGCCGGUCUUUUUCCGUGGGUAUCGGCUGCGUCGUGGGCGGCAGUUCCAACGUCAACGGACAGGUGUUCCUGCGCGGGACGUCCGAAGAGUACAACGCCUGGGCCGAGCUUGGUGGACCAGGCUCGACCUGGAACUGGGAGGGCUUGCUGCCAUACUUUAGAAAGCACGCGCAAGAGUUCAACAUCAAGUGGGACAUGCAGUACUGGGGCACAACUUCCAAGAUUUACGCAACCUUUGGUCGCGAUGCUCCGACACAGCUCAUGAGUAAGUGCAAGUUGGUCUCCGCACCGACGGCCAUAGCUGUGCUGAUGUGCGUGCUUCAGAGGUCCUUUACAAUGCCAUGGGCCGCCAUGCCGGGCAUGACCGUCCCCGUCGACAGUGGCGCCGGGCAGGCGGGCCUCUACUGGUAUCCCAUGUCCAUGGAUCCUACCAACUUUCAGCGAUCAUACUCCCGCACAGGUCACUGGCAUGGUAUCAGCAGGCCCAACUACCAGAUGGUUGUCGGUGCCAAGGUCAACCGAAUCCUCUGGGGCGCUGAAAACACGGCGACGGGGAUCCAGUUUGUCAGCCGCAACCAAACGGGCGGGCCGGCCACGCAGGUGCGCGCGCGCCGUGAGGUCCUGCUGGCGGCCGGUACAGUGCACACACCGCAGGUGCUGAUGCUCAGUGGCGUGGGGCCCCAGGCAUUGCUCCAACAGGCCCGGAUCCCCGUGCGAGUUGACCUGCCGGGCGUUGGCAGCAACUUCCAGGACCACAGCUACAUUCCCAGCAUCGCGUAUCAGUGGGGCACGACGCCUGGAGGCGGCGGUGGAUUCCCGGGGUUCCCGACGCAGGGCGGUGCGCCGGCGCUCGCGGCCAUGAUCGGUCUGCCGGUAGUCAGCCCACAGCGGUACCAGCAGCUCGCAACGCGAUACGAGAGCCAGAACCCCACGAGUCACCUGCCGUCAAGCUACACGGCAGAGCAGAUUGCAGGGUACCGGAAGCAGCAGGAGAUCUACGCGCGACUGAUGCGUUCGACCAACGUUGUGUUCCUUGAGAUGAUGAUGUACGGGCCUGGUGGCAGUGUACAGAACCUGCACCCGCACUCGCGCGGAACAAUCCUCAUCAACCCAUCCAACCCAGAGGGAGACAUGAUCAUCGACUACCGGGCGGCGACCAACGACGUGGACCUCGAGGUCAUGAUCGAGACAAUCAAGUUCAUGCGGCGAUACAUGACGACGGGCCAGUUGGCGCAGUACAACGCCAGAGAGACGUCGCCGGGCACCGGGGUGAGCAGCGACCAGCAGCUGAUCCAGUGGGCCAGGGGCCAGGUCAUCCCGUCAGUGUAUCACCCGGUGGGGACGUGCUCAAAGCAGCCGAGGGAGCACGGCGGUGUCGUCGAUGAGAACCUCAGGGUGCACGGCACAAAGAACCUCAGGGUGAUUGAUGGGUCCAUCAUGCCGACGAUUGUGGGCGCGACGACAUCGAUGGCCGUGUAUGCCAUUGCUGAGAAGGCCGCCGAUUUGAUCAAGACGACCUGA